AUGGAUCCCAGGAAGCCUAUUGAUUUUGAGCAACAUGAAUGGAGAGUUCUGAUACACACUGUCGAGGCUGGGUGCAGGGGAUCCGCUGGAUUAUUCGAUGUUUACCGGGCACUUCUAGAAAUACUUGAGCAGCAUCCGGACCCUGUUAAAGCAGCAUACAGCUUCAUGCAGACGCUUCCUGAGGACGACGUACAAGACAAGCUCUUCCCCUUCUACAGUCAAUCUUCACUUCGUAUUCAACUACAGAGGGCAGCAUUGGUUAACCAGUCAUUAAAGGAACUGCCUGGCAGAUCUGACCAAGUGGAGCUGUAUUCUCGGUUCGGUUUCCUUCAUGCAACUUGUCGGAAGGGAGAUGUAGAUGCUGCUCUUUUGUUGAUGUGCUGGGGCAUUGAACCGCACUGUAAGAAUACAGAGGGAAGGAGUGCACUGGAAGUAGCUACUGCUGAGGGUCAUCUAAAUGUUAUCACUAAACUGGUGGAAAUGGAUGAAGGACUUCUAGAGGAUGUUGCCGAGUUGAAACAGCUUGUCUGCUGUGCCUGUAGAGAAGGGAAGAAGGAAGUGAUAGACUACUGGUUGGAUCACCUGAUAAGACAGAGUCCUAGGCCUGGGCACCUCUUCUCUGAAGAACAUGAUCCCAAUCCGCUUCUAUCGGCUUGUCAAGGUAUCAUAUCUUCAUUCAGGGGAUGAAAAGUUAACGAAAAAUAUUUUUAGGAUUGGGGAUGGGUGGUGGAGUUUAUUCGUUAUCAUUCCAAAUUGCAUUUUUGUUCCAUUGCAACUUAAAAAUUUGCAUUUUAGGCAAUUUAUUCAUAGCCAUCAUUUAUAUAUUUUUACUACUGGUAUGUGGUAUUUCAUACAAAAUUAUUAAUUGUUUGAAAUUUACACAAAAUUAGGCAUGAAAUCUUAUGAAAAGAAAUCAUAGAAGUUAUGAUUUUGUCUCGCCCACUAGAGGUGAAGGCGAGACUUAGGGAUCCAAAUGUCGUCCGUUGUCCGUCCGUCACAAACCUUAUGACACAUAACUCCACAACCGUAAGUCACUUUUCAACCAAACUUGGAUGGUAGAUGGACUUGGGGGACCUGCAUGUUAUGCUGCAGUCGGAGGUCACAUGGUAAGGUCAAAGGUCAUUUUCAGGUCAACGUUAAAGUUUACAUGCAAGACUCUCUCAUGACACCUAACUCCACAACCAGAAGUCACUUUUCAACCAAACUUGGAUGGUAGAUGGACUUUGGGGACCUGCAUUUUAUGCUGCAGUCGGAGGUCAUAUGGUAAGGUCAAAGGUCAUUUUUUCACGUUAAAGUUUACAUGCAAGACUCUUAUGACACCUAACUCCACAACCAGAAGUCACUUUUCAACCAAACUUGGAUGGUAGAUGGACUUUGGGGACCUGCAUGUUAUUAUGCAGUCCGAGGUCAUAUGGUAAGGUCAAAGGUCAUUUUUAGGUCAACGUUAAAGUUUACAUGCAAGACUCUUAUGACACCUAACUCCACAACCGUAAGUUACUUUUCACCCAAACUUGGAUGGAAGAUGGACUUGGGGGACCUGCGUGUUAUGCUGCAGUCGGAGGUCACAUGGUAAGGUCAAAGGUCAGUUUCAGGUCAACGUUAAAUUUUACAUGCAAGACUCUUCUGAGACCUAACUCCGCAACCGUAAGUCACUUUUCAACCAAACCUGGAUGGUAGAUGUACUUGGGGGACCUGCAUGUUAUUUUGCAGUCGGAGGUCACAUGAUAAGGUCAACGGUCAUUUUCAGGUCAAUGUUAAAGUACAACCAAACUUCGAUGGUAGAUGUACUUAGGGGACCUGCAUGCUAUUGUGUUGGGAGGUCACAUGGUAUGGUCAAAGUUCAUUUUGAGGUCAACAUUAAAGUUUAUGUGCAAGACUCUUAUGACAAGUGUUAUUCCAUCCCAGUCAUUUCACAAGGAAGUUUUGAUACAAUUCUGUUGCGUGCCCUCGCAAAUCACUAUAUUUCUGGUUAUUUUCAUAAGUGGGCGAGACACAAAAUUGCUUUUGCCUUGUAUUUGUAAUGAGGGUGGGGGUAAUAGAAACCCAUCAAUUAACCAAUACUACAUUUUAAAAAAGCCCAAAGAAAUAAAGCUGUAAAGUUAAUGGAUUACUGAAAUAAAAUCAAACUCUAUUUAAGCCCCAGUCACAUGUAGACACGGAUCCUCAAAGAUCAACACAGCAAUGCCGGUAUGAAUUACAAAAAAAUAAAAAACCCAAACUUCCUUUAACCAGUAAAAACGCUGUUUUAAUUUUUUACACAAUGCAGUUUACUAUUUGUACAGUAGUUGUUAAGUGCUUGAAAUCUUACAUUACAAAAUUUGAAUAUUUAAUCUUAAAUAAAUAAAGCAUGCUUAUGUCAAGUGUUUAACAACUACUUGAAAGUUCAUAAAGUAAACAGCGUUGUAUAAAAUUGAUAUG